AGCCAGCAAGGAAAGUCUUGGGCGACAAGAGAGUGUCAAUAUGUCACCUAGAAAGGCUAAGUCGAGGGAAGCGAAGCUUCUUAAGGACGACUUGAAGAAGCAGCCUGCUCCACGAUUGCCACCGACUAGCAAGGACAGGCCCUCUUCUCGCGGACGGCGAAUGUCUGCGAGCCCUCAGCCUUCGAUGCAAGAAGACGCUCCUUCAAUCGUCGACAUCCCUGUAUCCAGGCCUCGGUGUCUGAUCUCCCACCAAAGACACCAGCUGCCUCUCUCCUCUUCUCACCCACUCCUUCCGAGUCUUCCGCCAAAAGCGAUCCACGACCUGCGAUACACCUCCUCCCUCCGAAUCCCGAUGGCGGUGCUCGUCCCUCUCGCCGAGCGCGACCAUCCGUCAACUACGCCGAGCCCAGCCUUGUAGCGAAAAUGCGCCGUCCAGGAAAGCAGAGAAGCAAAGUCACUCCAGCGUUACGAUCAAGACCGAGCCCGAGGACGACGAUAACCUCUAGAUACACACUGCUACCAUGUCAGGAAGGCCGCUGCGGGAGAAGAGCAGACGAUAGGCGUGUUUGAAACAGGAAAUCCUACCGCCGACGCCGUGUCAUGUUGGAAGGUCAAGGGCAAGGCUUGGAAUUGUGG